ACAUCACCUGCUCACAACCAUGUUUUUGCAGCUCUGCUGAGAUACGAGGCAGUUUCGCGCUUGUCGUCGGGUGGUCAGAAAAAGAUUAUGGAGUAAUAGGCGAUGUCUGGGUUCCAUAUUUCAAUCAGGACUAAGCAUCAGAAUGCUACUGUGAAUAAGGUUUAAGCAACUUGAGUAUAUAAACACCAGCCACGAAGAUACAAUAUUCUAUGACCACAGGAUAUUCAUUGGAUCUUUUAGGCAGAACUUCAAGCAGAUUCAGAGUCAAUGCUACAGUUUCAUUGCAUGGGCCAUCCUUUGAAAUCGGAAACUCGAGGCCAAGCAAGAAGAUUUGAUUGCUGUACUACAACAACAGACGUGCUUUGACGCAGUGAAAUUCCAGAUCAUUAUUUCCUCAACGUUUGGAGCAGAUGCAGACGGACAUGGCUGCAUACCAGGGUCUCAGUCGGGCUCAGCUCAGCUUUGAAUAUCUUCAUACGAACUCAACAACACAUGAAUUCCUGUUCGGUGCACUUGCAGAAAUGCUAGACAACUCCAGGGAUGCAGGUGCGACAUGCAUGGAUAUUUUUACAGUGGAGAACGAUCAACUACGAGGUGGUUAUAUGCUAUGCUUUUUGGACGAUGGUGUCGGUAUGAGCCCAGACGAAGCUGCAAAUGUUAUUCAAUUCGGCAAGUCAACAAAACGCAAUGCUGACCUUUUCUCCAUUGGUCAGUACGGAAAUGGAUUGAAGUCUGGUUCAAUGAGGAUAGGAAAGGACUUUAUCUUGUUCACCAAGAAAGGUGACACCAUGACAUGCCUUUUCUUAUCAAGAACAUUCCAUGAACAGGAGAAGAUUGACGAAGUUAUCGUUCCUCUGCCAUCAUUCGACGUCAAGAGUAAGAAGACCAUUUCAAAAUCUCCUGCUGGUAAACUUAAGCAUAGAAUAGAAAUGGAUCUGAUUCUAAAAUACUCACCAUUCAAAACAGAAGAAGAGGUGUUUGAACAGUUUGCUAGUAUUAAAGGUCGAUCUGGUACAUUAGUAAUUAUAUACAACUUAAAACUAUUGGACAGUGGUGAACCAGAGUUGGACAUUUAUGCUGAUCCAACAGAUGUACUUAUGGCUGGGGAUACAUCUGCAGAUGACGAUGGAGUUUAUCCAGAAAGGAGGUCUUUCCGAGCUUAUGCUGCAGUAUUGUAUGUUGAACCAAAAAUGAAGAUUUACAUACAGAACAAAAAAGUCCGAACAAAGCAUCUUGCCAGUUGUUUGCACAAACCAAGGAAGUAUAAAUACACUUCAACCAGAUUCAAAACAAGAUCUGAAAUGGAGACAGCAAAAGCGGUAAAUGAAGCUAAGAUGAAGGAAGAGAAAGCUAGAGAGGCUGAAAGCACAGCAAGAGAUCUUGAGAAGAAAACUGGACAUGGAGAUGGGAAAGAAAAAAUGGCAAUAUUGAGGAAGGCUCAAAUUGAAGCAUCUGAAAAACGUAAAGAAGCAAAUCAGGCGAAAGACCUUGCUGCAAAGAAACAGAAAUCAUUAAAAGAACCAAAAACAUUGAGCUUUGUGUAUGGAAUGAACAUUGGGAACAGGAAACAUGAUGGAGUAUUUAUCUACAACUGUAGUAGAUUGAUUCGAAUGUAUGAGAAGGUUGGACCACAACUGGAGGGAGGAGUGAACUGCAGCGGUGUAUUAGGGUACGUAGAUGUACCUUACAUAGUACUAGAACCCACUCACAAUAAGCAAAAUUUUGAGGAUCGGAAAGAGUUCAGACUCUUACUCAAGGCAAUGGGGGAGCACAUGGCACAGUAUUGGAAGGACACAUCUAUAACUUCACAGGGUGUUACUAGGUACUGGGAAGACUUGGGUUAUGUCAGCAGUAAUUGGAAAGAUAUGCCGUCUAACGAAUCCAAAUAUGUACGCAAGAGGGCGAUGCAACUACAGACCAUGAUACAAUGUGAUUCCUGUCUUAAAUGGCGUCUUCUACAGUUCUCAAGUAGUAACAUCAACAAAGUGAUUGAAGAUGAUUGGACUUGCAGUCAGAACCCUGAUCCAACUCAUAACAGGUGUUCAGCAGCUGAGCAGAAAUUAAACAUUCCAAUAGGUCACCUUAAAAAAGAUAAUAAAUCAGCAGAAGAGAAAAAGAAAAACUUAAAGGAGGAUAUUAAGAAAAAGCAAGAAAAACUAAAUAGUAUGGAGAAAUUUCGAUCUGUGACAUCAAGGCAUGAUUUAGAUAAUGAUGAGCAGGAUACUGUAGUAGUGACCCCACGUUACCAGGAAAGUAGGAUACGAAAGACUCCUACAGCAUCUGUGUCCAGGCCAGUAGGUACAGCUCAACCAGUUUUUAGUAAUAAUAAGCAGUCAUCAAAGCCUGUUGGGAAGGCUUCUCCGGUGAUAAGCACAAGCGGUUCCCAUACGCAUUCGGUGCAGUACGCCAGGUCUACAUCGGCACCGUCAACCCCUAGUUAUCAGAGAAGCUCAAGCCAACCAGCAACCCCUAAGACAGUUCCAUCAAAACCGAAGUAUACUGUGAAAUCAAAAACUCAAGUUAACAGUAGAAAAUCACAAGAAUCAAAAACGGCACAAACGAAAAAAUCAGUUUCGCCAGCAAGUCGAGCCUUGAAAAGAAGUCGCGAUGUGAUAUCGGAUGAUACAACAAGCACAUCAUCAAGUGAUGAUGAAUCAGAAAAAUCUGUUGAACCCAUAAAGAAGAAGAAAAAUGAAAAGAUCAGACAGAGUCCAGCAAAGAGCAUUAAGGAAAUCAAAGAAAUCCAGCAGGAUGUAGAUUCUUCUAAUAUUUCCAGUUGUGAAGGAGAAGCUGAAGAAAUUGGUUGUAAAGUUGAAGCCUAUGUGAAUUGUGUUUGGCAUUCUGGAAUAAUAACGCACUCCAGUAAAUCUAAAGUAAAAGUCAAGUUUGACGAUUAUCCAAAAGAUAAAUUUGACAAAUGGUAUGAAAGGACAGAUGAUCAAUUAAGAUUCUUAGAGGAUAAUUCCAAAGCAAUGCCAGUUUUGAAGUUAGGGAAAAGGGGACUCAAUUUAGUUAAGGAAGCAUCAGAACCUGAGAAAACAAAAACCACUGAAGAACCAAAGAAAGUGGUUAAAGUAACGAAAUCAGAUGAUGAGGAGAAAGCUGAUACGAAAGAAGCCGACACUACAAUGAUGCCCACCACCACCACACAACAUGGAUACACAAAGGAACAAAUUGAUGAGCUAGUUACUAAAGCUGCUCUUGCUGAUAAGAUGUCCCUUAGUUAUAGGAAAUGUUUACGAUACUUCUUGCCACCGAAUUGGAUUAUGACAAAAGAUGACAUCAAUAAACUUUCUUUGGAAGAAGUUAGUGAAUUCAAGUUGGAGCAGUUCUUUGAUAGUUACGAGAAGGGACUACGGGAUUUGGUUGGUACAUUCCAACAUGAAGCUUUUGAGAAGAAAAAAGUGGCAGAGGCUGCAACCACAAAACUGACGUCACUACGAAAGAUGAUAGCACAGCUGCUGAAGUCUAUCAAUGAAGAGGAAAUCAACAUUGAUGAAGAUACUGAUGGAGAGGUUAUAGAAGAACUCCUGGCUGCGUGUGUACGGCAGGCGAUGCAAGAGUGAUCAGACUUCAGGAACUUCUGAAUGUGAUACAAGAUUUGCAAGAGUAAUUGCAGAGUUAUAGAGGAACUGGCUAUAUAUGAACGUGAUGGAGAAGUGAUCACUCCCAAAGAUUGGUUGAGCUUUCUGUGCGUCACUGUGAAGAUUCGUGCCACGUAAAUGGCAAGACUGCCAACAUGCUGCCCUUUAAAUGGCUAAAUAUGUUAGCUUGCCUAGGCCACUGUUAUAUUGAAUAGAAUUGUUUGGUAAAUGAAGCUCUUGAUCUUGAAGUAUUCUUUGGAGUUAACCAGCUGUGUAAUUUAUAUACAUACCUGUUGUGUGUUUGAGAAAGUUUAACAACCAUGUACUUAAUUUAAACGGCUUUUGAUGCCACAGUGGCUACCCUACUAGAUUUUCUCCACCUUGGACAAUGGUUAAUUUUUGAAUUAUUGAAUAGUUAUUGACUUAUUUGCAAAUUGUUUUUUUGACCAGUUCUUGUGCAUUUUAAUCUUGUCUGUUAUACAACUCUCUAAACAAUGUUCAUCAUGUCAGGUAUAAUUAUUUGCAAAAAAAAUCAAAUAGUAUACUACAGGAUGGGGCCAAACUGAGUUGUUGUCAAGCCAUUUUAAAUGUUGCUUUUCUAAUUAUUAUAAAGUUCACAUUACUAUUACUGUACCAUUUAUUCCAGCAGUCCAAGUACUAUAUUUCCAUCCCACCAAUUUGUUUUAUCAUUAAAUGUUGUGCUUCCUUGAUGUAUAGUGCCAAACUGAUAUUAGACACCAUGAAUGCUCAUAAAUAUGUGAAAAAUAUUAACCUUGCUAACAUCUUGUGAUAACUCUCAAGCUGUUUUCUAAGUGUUUUACCUUACACCCUACAACACGACCAAUCAAUGAUUGGAUUUUAAAGGUGUUUACAUUAUUAAAUGGAUCUAGGAAUGAAACUAGGCUCAAAGUAAAAAACUAAAACUCGCCGCCUAAAUCACAACCAACGAUUAAAAUUAUUUUAAGGUGUUUACAUUAUUAAAUAAAACUAGGCUCAAAGUGAAACUGAAAUUCAAAUUUAUAAGAGCCGAUUUCAAAGCCUACAACACAACCAAUCAAUGAUUUGAAUUUUAGGGUGUUUACAUUAUCAAAUGGAUCUAGGGAUGAAACUAGGCUCGAGGUUAAACUGGAAGUCAACUUAUGAGAGCCGAUUUAAAAGCCUACAGUUCAACAAAACCAAUCAAUGAUUAGAAUUUUAGGAUAUUUAUAUUAACAAAUGGAUCUAUGGAUGGAACUAGGCUCAAAGUUGAACUGGAAGUCAACAUGAGAACCGAUUUCAAAGCCAAAUAUAGAUAUACAGUAGAUAAGUAUACACCCUACACCACAACCAAUUAAAAAAAUAAAAUUUUAGGUUUACAUUAGCAAAUGGAUUUAAGAAUGGAACUUAGCUCAAAGUUGAAUAGGAAAUCAACUUAUGAUUAUCAAAACAUUGUAUUGUUAUUCAUUGCUCAAGUGAUUAUGUGCGAAAGCUGCAAAAAUAUACUAAAUGAAACUUGUACGUAUUAUGGCAGAAAAUAUUUGAUGCAUAUUAAUGUAAGAACCAUAGAUAGAUUAUGGAAUUGUGCAUAGAAUUUUCUAAAUUCAAAGUUCAUUUUCCCUAGUUACCCACUCCCGCAUGUGUAUGUAAUAGCAGGGUGUUAGUGCUUAAUUGCGACCCACCGUGUUAGAGAAUCUUGCCAACUAAUUGAUGAAUUUUUUCAACCUGCUAAUGAAAUAUGUUACUGUAUUGUUAAAAUAUGCAAAUUCAUUGAUUUUAAGUCUGUAUUACUUUUUGUUUUAAAUAAAUACAAGUGUAUUACUUUUUCUUUCAAAUAAAUAUAAGCGUAUUAAUAUUCUUUUAAAUAAAUGUAAGUGUUUUUUUUAUUGUUCAGGUGCAACUCAUUAUUCAGAAUUAUUAUGUUUGAUGUUGAGUAUAUUAAUUUUUUUUAUUAUUAUUGAGGUAAAAGGUGUGAACAUUUGACCAAGCAACUCAUGAGCUACCUGUAUUCACUUGGUAACAUAUUUCGUAUGGUGGUUAACUGAAUAUUCUCUGUUAAAGUUAGAUUGUACAGUAAU